UGUUACAUGAUUGUUUCCAUCCUGUCUAGAUCAAUCUAAUUAUUUUGCAACGUAAUGUGGUUAAUUUAAAACAGGAAAUGUGAAUGUGUAUUGUGCGGUGAAAGUUUAUCAUAUUUCAGUUAAUAAAGUACGAUGUUUUCAAUAAAACAAGUAAUGAGACUGAAGCCCUUCAUGGCGUUGAGGUUUGCAAGCUCUCAAAGUAGCCCCAAAACUGGAAUUGUUAUGUUGAACAUGGGAGGACCACAGAGUUCGGAGAAUGUACAUGACUAUCUGCUGGGCAUAAUGACAGACAAAGAUAUGAUCCAGUUUCCAUUUUUUCAAAACAAACUAGGACCUUGGAUUGCCAAAAGGAGAACACCGGAGGUCAAGCAGAAGUAUGAUGAAAUUGGAGGUGGAUCACCUAUAUUCAAGUGGACUGAGAAACAGGGCCAGUUACUGUGUAAGCAAUUAGAUGAGCAAUGUCCGGAGAGUGCUCCACAUAAGAAUUACACAGCAUUCCGGUAUGUGACACCAUUUACAGAUGAGGCAUUUAAUGAGGUUCUAAAAGAUGGAGUCAAAAGAAUUGUGGUGUUUUCACAGUAUCCACAAUACAGCUGUGCCACAUCUGGGUCAAGUUUCAAUGCUAUUUACAGACAUUUUAGGAAGAUUGGCUUCCCAAAGGACAUUAAGUUGAGUGUAAUUGAUCGCUGGUCCACAAAUCCACUCUUGGCAAAGACAUUUGCUGAUUUGAUCAGGAAAGAGCUGAAACAGUUACCUGAAGAUAAACAGAAGGAGGCAAUUAUUUUGUUUUCAGCACAUUCAAUUCCAUUGAAGACUGUUAACAGAGGUGAUUCAUAUCCCUCAGAGGUGGGAGCCACUGUUCAAAUGGUUAUGCAGGAAUUGAAUUAUUGCAAUCCUUAUCAAUUAGUAUGGCAAUCUAAGGUUGGACCUCUUCCAUGGUUGGGGCCAUUCACGGAUGACGCCCUAAAGGGGUAUGUUAAGCAAGGGAAAAAGACUUUCUUACUGGUGCCCAUCGCUUUCGUCAACGAACACAUCGAGACUCUGCACGAGAUGGAUAUUGAAUAUUGCAAAGAUUUGGCAGGUGAAAUUGGCGUGAAACAUAUCAGAAGGGUACCGACGCCUAAUGACCAUCCUCUUUUCAUCGACGCUCUAACAGGAAUUGUUAAGGAUCAUCUGAAGAAUGGCGGUGGAGUCAGUCACAAAUUUUUGAAUCGUUGUCCACACUGCACUAACGUUAAUUGUUACAAUAGCAAGAAGUGGUAUGCCGAUAUUUGUAAUCGUACUUAAAACUGUUACUAUUGUUAUUGAUGAAAUAAAUGUAUUUUAUAUUUAA